UACUGAGUGUUGCAAUGAGCUCUGGUUGUCUUUAUAAAGUAAUGUACUGAGUGUUGCUAUGAGCUCUGGUUGUCUUUAUAAAGUAAUGUACUGAGUGUUGCAAUGAGCUCUGGUUGUCUUUAUAAAGUAAUGUACUAAGUGUUGCAAUGAGCUCUGGUUGUCUUUAUAAAAGAGGUGUGCAUCUUCGUGAGGCAGACAUCUUCUCAGUCACUCAUACAGUAAACUAUACAAAACGGACGUCUAUCUCAACAAUGAUGUUCAGCUUGAUGCUGGUUCUGCUGGUCCCCGUGGCGGUACAGUCAUCUCUGCAUCCAGUGGACUGUAACGAGGUGUACCAAUCAGGUUCUGGACAGAAUGGGGUUUACACUAUUUAUCCUGCAGGAUCCACUUCACCUGUCCAGGUGUUCUGUGAGAUGUCGAUGGACAGUGCAUUUUCAGGAAAGUGGACGGUGAUUCAGAACAGACAGGAUGGAUCAGUGAACUUCCACAGGAAGUGGAAUGAGUACAAGAGUGGGUUUGGGAGCGCAGCUGGAGAGUACUGGCUGGGGCUGGAGACGAUGUAUCUCCUGACUAUGAAAAAGACCUAUGAGCUGAGGGUGGACAUGGAGGACUUUGAGGGGAAUAAGGUCUAUGCUCAGUACUCCACAUUCUCUGUUGGACCAGAAGCUGAAGGGUACCCGCUAAAGCUGGGUUCAUUCAAAGAUGGAGGAGCAGGAGAUUCCAUGACUCAUCACAGUGGUCAGAAAUUUACAACGUUAGAUAAGGAUCAGGACCUUAACGACAGCAACUGUGGCCAGAUAUACUACGGUGGAUUUUGGUACAACAACUGCCAUUGGACUAAUCCCAAUGGGAUAUACGCGUGGGGGGAGUCUGCCUACGGUGUUGGCAUCAACUGGAGAACAUGGAAAGGCUUCACAUACUCCCUGAAAAGAAUGACCAUGAAGAUCAGACCAGCCACUGGAUAGAAGGGAAACAGCUUAACUGUUAAUUAAGCAUCUCUAUUUUCUAACAACAUUUCUAAAUCAACAUUUUUAAUAACAAUGAUUGCCAUACAAAACAUUUUUUCCCACCACUUGCACACAUUACGUUUACCUAGGAGGUGGUGUCUUUAUUUCUAAGUAAAGUUUGUGUUUGGGUCUUCGGGGGGUAUCAGUGGGUGCCGCAGCACCCAGUACGCCAUCUGAUCUACUAAAAAGUGCUGCUUUGCCAUAGCAACAGAAACCUGACUGCAGUGGGGAUGAUGUGACUCCUACCCAUCCUCUAACUCUCUCUGUUUCCUACCCUAACUCACUGUCUGUUUCCUACCCUAACUCACUGUCUCUCUGUUUCAUACCCUAACCAACUGUCUGUUUCCUACCCUAACUCACUGUCUCUCUGUUUCAUACCCUAACCAACUGUCUGUUUCAUACCCUAACCCACUGUCUGUCUGUUUCAUACCCUAACCAACUGUCUGUUUCAUACCCUAACCCACGGUCUGUCUGUUUCAUACCCUAACCCACUGUCUGUUUCCUACCCUAUAACCCACUGUCUGUUUCAUACCCUAACCCACUGUCUGUCUGUUUCAUACCCUAACCCACGGUCUCUCUGUUUCCUACCCUAACCCACUGUCUGUUUCCUACCCUAUAACCCACUGUCUGUUUCAUACCCUAACCCACGGUCUGUCUGUUUCAUACCCUAACCCACUGUCUGUUUCCUACCCUAUAACCCACUGUCUGUUUCAUACCCUAACCCACUGUCUGUCUGUUUCAUACCCUAACCCACGGUCUCUCUGUUUCAUACCCUAACCCACGGUCUCUCUGUUUCAUACCCUAACCCACGGUCUGUUUCACACCCUAACCCACUGUCUGUUUCACACCCUAACCCUCUGUCUGUCUAUUUCAUACCCUAACCCACUGUCUGUUUCACACCCUAGAACCCACGGUCUCUCUGUUUCAUACCCUAACCCACGGUCUCUCUGUUUCAUACCCUAACCCACUGUCUGUCUGUUUCAUACCCUAACCCACUGUCUGUCUGUUUCAUACCCUAACCCACGGUCUCUCUGUUUCCUACCCUAACCCACGGUCUCUCGGUAUCCUACCCUAACCCACUGUCUGUCUGUUUCACACCCUAACCCACUGUCUGUUUCCUACCCUAACUCACUGUCUCUCUGUUUCCUACCCUAACCCACUGUCUGUUUCCUACCCUAACUCACUGUCUCUCUGUUUCCUAUCCUAACCCACUGUCUGUUUCAUACCCUAACCCACUGUCUGUUUCCUACCCUAACUCACUGUCUGUCUGUUUCAUACCCUAACCCACUGUCUGUUUCCUACCCUAACUCACUGUCUCUCUGUUUCCUACCCUAACAAACUGUCUGUUUCCUACCCUAACCCACUGUCUGUUUCCUACCCUAACCAACUGUCUGUUUCCUACCCUAACCAACUGUCUGUUUCCUACCCUAACACACUGUCUGUUUCCUACCCUAACCAACUGUCUGUUUCCUACCCUAACCAACUGUCUGUUUCCUACCCUAACCCACUCUCUGUUUCCUACCCUAACCCACUCUCUGUUUCCUAUCCUAACCCACUCUCUGUUUCCUACCCUAACCCACUCUCUGUUUCCUACCCUAACCCAGUCACUGCUCAUCCAUAUAUUUUAGACAUAUAUUCUCAUCCCAUUCCUUAGAUUGUGUAUAUUAGGUUUUGUUGUGGAAUUGUUAGAUAUUACCUGUUAGAUACUGCUGCACUGUUGGAUCUGG